AUGUACUGGCAGAAAUCCCUCACCACAGAGACUGAUGCAAACAUUUGGCAGCCAAUUGCUGAUCAUCCGGUUCGUGACACAUUCCUUGAUAGUCAACUUCACAGAGCCAGCCGGUGUUCAUCUCCAUCACCUGAUGACGCCGGCAGACUCAAGCCUGUUGUCUUUGACGAUGAUCGAAUGAGGCAACACAGAAGUGAGUAA